AUGGAUUCCAGGACCAAGCGACCCAGAAAUACAAUAAUGUCAACGUUUGCAAAAACGACCAAAGUUCGCAGGAGGAAAGAGAUGUUCCUGUAUCAGGUCGGCGUUUCUUGCAGCAUUCUCUUCCUGGCGUGGUGUCUGUGCAGCCUGUUAUCCAGACUAGAAUACGGGAAGGCCACUGGAAACCAAGCCACACUGGAUCGAAAGUGGUGGAACAGGAAGUUAAUGGUGGCGGUGACAGCGAACGAUACUCAAGCGAAGAACUGCACUGAUCCAGCUAUCCGUGAAUUUCCAAGUGAUCUUUUUACCAAUAAGGAGAGACAACAAGGAGGAGUAUUACUUCAUAUAGCAGGAGCUGUCUAUAUGUUUUACGCACUGGCAAUAGUUUGUGAUGAUUUCUUUGUUCCAGCCUUAGAAAAAAUAUGUGAGAGAUUACAUUUGAGUGAAGAUGUAGCUGGUGCCACAUUCAUGGCAGCUGGAAGCUCAGCACCUGAACUGUUUGCUUCUGUUAUUGGUGUCUUUAUCACCCAUGGAGAUGUCGGCAUUGGAACCAUUGUUGGUUCAGCAGUAUUUAACAUACUUUGUAUCAUUGGCGUCUGUGGGAUAUUUGGAGGGCAGAUCGUAUACCUGACGCAGUGGUCGGUGUUUAGGGAUUCAUUAUACUACACCAUAUCAGUGAUCCUACUCAUUGUGUUUAUCUAUGAUGAGAAAAUUGAAUGGUGGGAAGGCCUUCUCCUGAUCAUAAUGUACGCAGGCUAUAUACUUGUGAUGAAAUUCAAUACCAAAAUACAGAAUUGUUUCGUGAGCAAGCUAACAAAGAAUGUUUCAAAUGGCAAUGUGAUCGGCAAUGAACUGGAGGAUGUUCAAUCUGCCAAUGGUGUGGACAAGGAAGUCUGUGUAGCUGAGAAAUGUGACAACAUCAAAAAUGGAAACAUUCCUCUGGAUAAAGUUACAAAAGAAGGCAGCCCUGAGAAUGAAAAUGAACCUGAGUUCACAUCACCAUUUUCUCCACCAGGGGGAUGCUUGAAUAAGAUGAAAUGGUUGAGUUCAUGGCCGGUAGUGGUUGUGCUGUUCUUCACAGUCCCUAACUGUGCAAAGCCUCGCUGGGAAAAUUUCUUCAUGCUAACCUUUUUCAUGUCCACCGUCUGGAUUGCAGUCUUUUCUUAUUUAAUGGUGUGGAUGGUAACUGUAACAGGGUAUACACUUGGGAUCCCAGAUAUUAUCAUGGGAAUAACAUUUCUGGCAGCAGGAACAAGUGUUCCGGAUUGUAUGGCUAGUUUAAUAGUGGCCAGACAAGGGAUGGGUGACAUGGCAGUGUCGAAUACAGUAGGAAGCAAUGUCUUUGACAUUCUUGUAGGCCUAGGUCUCCCAUGGGGUCUUCAGACAAUGAUUAUUAACACUGGUUCUGUUGUGCACAUCAAUAGCAGAGGUCUUGUUUAUUCUGUUAUACUUCUUUUAGGAUCCGUAGCACUCACAGUGGCUGGUAUCCAUGUGAAUGGAUGGAAACUGGAUAAAAAGCUUGGUAUUUAUGUGCUCAUCCUCUAUGCUAUCUUCUUGUGUUUCUCAAUAAUGAUCGAAUUCAAUGUGUUUACCUUUGUCAACCUGCCAAUGUGCCAAGACAGCAUUUAA